AUUCCCAUUAAAACCCAUAGGAGGACUUCCAGCAGGUGGCGCUCGUAAACAAGCACAUAUGAAUCACACGCCGCUCACCGCAGGAGAAGAAGCAGCAGCUGUGUUUUCAGGAAAAGCGCUAGUACAGUAUAUGACAAUAUUUUCUGUUUGCAGAUAUGAGUGUCCCAGACUACAUGCAGUGUGCUGAGGACCAUCAGACAGUCCUGGUGGUGGUUCAGCCCGUGGGCAUCGUACCAGAGGAUCAGUUCUUCCGCAUCUACAAACGCAUCUCUAGCGUGAGCCAGGUCAGCAUACGAGACUCUCAGCGUGUCCUCUUCAUCCGCUACCGGCAUCAUUACCCUCAAGAAAACAACGAGUGGGGUGACUUCCAGACGCAGCGUAAAGUCGUGGGUCUCAUCGCCGUGACCAGCUGCAACACGGCCAAAGAGUGGCCACAGGUCUCGGAUCGCUUCCACGGGCAGAAGGAGGUGUUCGGCUCAACUCUGUAUGACUCGCGGCUUCUGGUCUUCGGGCUACAGGGCGAUAUGGCAGAACAACAGCGGACGGAUGUUGCGUUCUACCCCAGUUACGACAACUGCCCCGAUGUGGAGAAAAGGGUGGAGGACUUUGUGGAGUCCAUAUUUAUCGUCCUGGAGUCAAAAAGGCUGGACAGAGCCACUGAUAAGUCUGGAGAUAAGCUUCAACUGCUGUGUGUACCUUUUGAGAAGAAGGACUUUGUCGGGUUAGACACGGACAGCAGGCACUAUAAGAAACGCUGCCAGGGCCGAAUGAGGAAGCACGUGGGAGAUCUGUGUUUGCAAGCGGGCAUGUUGCAGGACGCUCUCGUGCAUUAUCACAUGGCCGUGGAGCUGCUGCGAUCUGUCAAUGAUUUCCUCUGGCUGGGAGCUGCUUUGGAGGGACUGUGUUCGGCCUCUGUCAUCUUUCAUUACCCAGGAGGCACUGCAGGGAAGAGCAGAGCUCGCAAACCUGGCGUUUCCUCUGCUGUAGACGCUGGCAAGAGACACAGACCUGGCGCGCAGGAAGUUCUCAUUGAUCCAGGUGCGCUUACGACCAACGGGAUCAGUGCAGACACAAGCGCUGAGAUCGGCCGAGCCAAGAACUGUUUAAGUCAAGAGGAUAUCAUCGAAAAAUACAAAGAGGCAAUCUCAUACUACAGCAAGUAUAAAAGCGCUGGAGUGAUCGAGCUGGAAGCUUGUAUUAAAGCCGUCAGGGUUUUGGCCAUUCAGAAACGAGCCAUGGAGGCGUCCGAGUUCCUUCAGAAUGCUGUUUACAUUAACCUGGGCCAGCUGUCAGAAGAAGAGAAGAUCCAGCGCUACAGCGUCCUGUCGGAGCUCUACGAGCUCAUCGGCUUUCACAGGAAAUCUGCCUUCUUCAAACGGGUGGCUGCCAUGCAGUGUGUCGCUCCCACCAUCCCAGAGCCCGGCUGGAAGGCCUGCUACAAACUCUUGUUGGAGACCCUGCCGGGAUACAGCCUCUCUCUGGACCCCAAAGACUUCAGUAAAGGAACUCAUCGUGGAUGGGCGGCUGUACAGUUAAGGUUACUUCACGAGCUGGUUUAUGCAUCUCGACGUAUGGGAAACCCAGGGCUGUCUGUCAGACAUCUGUCCUUCUUACUACAGACCAUGCUGGACUUUCUGUCCGACCAGGAGAAGAAAGAAGUGACCCAGAGUUUGGAGAACUACACAUCAAAAUGUCCCGGUGGAAUGGAAGUGAUCACCCUUCCCGAUGGACUCAAACUGCCACCUGUUCCCUUCACCAAACUGCCCAUCGUCAGAUCUGUGUCUCUUUUGAACCUACCGGUGAGUUUGCGGCCUCAUAAGGUGAAAGGUCUUCUGGGACAGGGGAUGUCCACUGCCAGCCCUUUCAUCUACUCUCCAAUCACCAUGCACAACAGAGGAGACGAGCGCUCGAAGAAGAUCGAUUUCCAGUGGGUCCAGGGUGAUGUUUGUGAGGUGCAGUUAAUGGUCUAUAACCCCAUGCCCUUUGAACUACGAGUGGAGAACAUGGGUCUGUUAACGUCAGGGGUGGAUUUCGAGUCCCUUCCUGCUGCUUUGUCUUUGCCGGCUGAGUCUGGCCUCUAUCCAGUUACUCUGGUUGGAGUUCCACGAACCGCAGGAAACAUCACGAUUACCGGUUAUCAGACGUGUGUGUUUGGGGUGAGCAGUGACUGUCUGCUGGACGGGCUGAUCGGGGUGAAGAGCAGCGGCUGCGCGCUGGAGGUGGUGCCGUCACUCCCACGACUGCAGCUUUGCACAUCAUUACCCAGGUCUGCACAUCUGAUAAAUGAAGAUUUGUCGACCAGUGUGUCCCUGCAACUGUAUAAUGGAGAGACCCAGGAGCUGGUCAUCACCCUGGAGAAUAUCGGUACUGAGGCGCUGAACACACUGGAGCUGUCAUCUAAAACCCUUAACACUAAAGGAAGACAGAUAAACAGAGAAAGAGUUGAAAAGCUGUUUGGCGAGUUUAUAACCUGGGACCUCCAGGAUGCCCUGUCUCACCUGCCUCUAAAAUCGGGUCAAUCCGUCACCAUCCCCGUGAAGAUACAGGCCAAACUGGACUUUUCCGGUCAGGAGAACCUUCUGCACGACCUUAAUGAUGAUGGUAUCAGCGUAACAGGUUUGCCUGUCUCCAGCCCAUUGCGGCAGGUCCUGAAGCCACGCUCUGAAAAUAAACCGGUUGGUGCUGAUGGCAGCAAGAACGAAUACAAUCAUGUUAAGACACUGGAGGUGGUGUUGACCUUUAAGUACAGCGGAGGAGCCGGACAGGUGGAGGGCUACUAUCGAGAGCUCAGUCUUGGGGUCCGAGUAGAUGUUGAACCCUCAGUUUUCUUCACUCGAGUCAGCACGUUACCUGCCACCAGCACUCGCCAGUGUCACCUGCUGCUGGAUGUGUUCAACUCAACCGAACAUGAGCUCACGCUGUCUGCCAAAAACAACCAGGACCUUGUGCUUCACGCCAGCGAGUGUCAGAGGAUGGCCAUUCAAGUGGAUAAGUUUGACUUUGACAGCAUGCCGGUGGCGGACCACGAUGCAUUGCACCAGGGGACCGUACGCCAACAGGAAGAGAAAAAGCAGGAGGUUCAGGGAGGUCUUAUCAGCAGCACACUGGACAUUCACUGGACUAUCUCAUCAUUACAGCGUCAGGGUGAGGCCAGUGUGGAGGGCAUCCUAAAUCAACUCAUACUGGAGCACCUGCAGCUCGCACCUCUACAGUGGGAUGUUGUGGUGAACGGGAAGCCUUGUGACACUGACAUGGUCGCAGACUGCAUGGUCGGAGACGCCGUGUCAUUAGAGGUGAAACUGACCAAUCGCAGUAAGAGUGCUGUUGGGCCGUUCUCUCUGACCGUCGUCCCCUUUCAGGAUUUUCAGAACGGAGUCCAAAACUACGACCUACACGAUGCCGUCACGUUCAUCGGCUCCAACACUUUCUACAUCAGUGCGGUGAACCCUGCUGAGAACUCUGUGUGUGUGGGAGCUUUGCUCUUCUUAUACACUGGAGAUUUCUACCUGAACAUCAAGUUUCAAGACGACAGCACGAACCGCAACCUCCCGCCCGCCUGCUUCUGUCUUCCCAGCGUCCACAUCAAAGCGCAGGAGCCAAUCGAAGCGGCUGCCUGAGUCGGUGAACUCUGACCUUUAACCUGUCAGGACCUUAUACUAUCUGCUGUUGUACUAUCAGAUGUUUUUGAAUCUGGAGUCAAAACUAGUUUUGAAGCUUUUUAAGUGUGGAAAUGUUUAAAUGUACGCCGAAUCCAAUCUUUUUCAUAAUGUCACUGCACUUGGAUGCUUAUCCAAGCAAAAAGGAGCAACUGUUUUACAGGUAUACCUGUUAGAUGAAAACAUUAGGCACUUUCCCAAUUUAGUCAUGUAAAUAAGAGGCGUUUAGAGAAAUAAUAGAUACUAUAAUCUUCUGAUUUGAAUGGGUUUCUCACAAUAACGUUUUACAUUCAAUCUAAACCAAUUAUGUUUUGGUCGAAGAAAAUGAAGCCUAUUUCGAGGAUCCUUGAGGUUUGCAUUGUGGCAUUGAUUUCAUGACAGCUCUUAUUUUAAAUCCUAUAAUGCAUCUCUGGACAUUUGAGUAUUUUUAUAUUUGCAGUCUGUAAAAGGUGAUUGUUAUUACUGUAAUACUGUAUUAUUGUUUUACAGUAAAAAAACUGCAAUACCAUGAUCUUGUUUAAUGAAUAGGCCAGUAACGCACAAACUACCAUAAUAUACCGUAUAUAUAAAUAAACAUAUAAGAAUAGGCAUCAUUUUCUUUACUCAGAAUAUAAUUUCAUAUUACUUUAUUUCGACCUUAGCCUGUUUUUGAAGGGUUUUGUUAGAUGUAAUGUAAAUAUUUUGAUUCAUCUAUAUGUGUACAUAAACAAGGUUUGGGACACUUUAAUAUUUUGGGGUUGAUGCAUAAAAGAUUUAGUUAUUGUUGGUGGCAUCCGUACUUUCAUUUGACUUUUAUCCAACUUGUAACUUUUCCAAAUGUAAAACUUUAUUCGUCCGAGAACUUGAGCGCACUGGGGUGUGAAUUUGUUCGCCCAGGUGCUCAAAUAUAUGCAGAUCACACAGAUGAGCUUUAAGGUUUCUAGCAACCAAUGAUUGCUGUAAAUGUCUUAUUAAUUUUGCUAUAUUGCAGUCCAGCGAUGAACAGCGUACAAGAGGAUUGUGUUAUUUUUGACUGUAGAUGCAUAAAUUAAAUUAGCAUUCAACAUCUACUUAUAUAUUCUGAGAUGCCCUGAAGUCACACAACUCAUCUCCAGACAUUUUAUUAUCAGGUGAUUUUCUUUAACUGAUUCAUCUGAAGGUAUAGAUGAUAAGAAUUCAUUUGGAGAGCUCAUAUUAAAAAAAUGAAAUUGAGAAAUGAGAGAAUAAUGAAUAAUUUAUGUGACUGCCCCUUUGAGAUGUCCUAACUUUAUGUCCAGUCAAUGUAUGGACAUUCAUGUGGACAUAAUACAAACUUGUAUUUCUUGUGCACAGUCUGAGUUUAUUUGUCAAAAGAAAUGUAGUGGCUGUCUUUUCUUAAUACACUGCAAAAAAAUGAAAA